CGGAUAAUGUCUGAGAAUGUCCAUUUCUGGGACGCUUAGCAGCUAUUAUGUCGACUCGAUCAUAAGUCACGAGAGUGAGGACGCGCCUCCAGCCAAGUUUCCUUCCGGCCAGUACGCGGGCCCCCGGCAGCCGGGCCACUCGGAGCACCUGGAGUUCCCCUCCUGCAGCUUCCAGCCCAAAGCGCCGGUGUUCGGCGCCUCCUGGGCGCCCCUGAGCCCGCACGCGUCCGGAAGCCUGCCGUCCGUCUACCACCCCUACCUCCAGCCCCAGGGCGUCCCGCCGGCCGAGAGCAGGUACCUCCGCACCUGGCUGGAGCCGGCGCCGCGCGGCGAGGCGGCGGCGGGGCAGGGGCAGGGCCCGGCGGCGGUGAAGGCGGAGCCGCUGCUGGGCGCGCCGGGGGAGCUGCUGAAACAGGGCACGCCCGAGUACAGUUUGGAAACUUCGGCGGGCAGGGAGGCCGUCCUGUCUAAUCAAAGACCCGGCUACGGGGACAAUAAAAUUUGCGAAGGAAGCGAGGACAAAGAGAGGCCGGAUCAAACCAACCCUUCUGCUAACUGGCUGCACGCUCGCUCUUCCCGGAAAAAGCGCUGUCCCUACACCAAAUACCAGACGCUGGAGCUAGAGAAGGAGUUUCUGUUCAAUAUGUACCUCACCAGGGACCGUAGGCACGAGGUGGCCAGACUCCUCAAUCUGAGUGAGAGACAAGUCAAAAUCUGGUUUCAGAACCGGCGGAUGAAAAUGAAGAAAAUGAAUAAGGAGCAGGGCAAAGAGAGGUCAAGUCGUGGGUCGUAAGCCUUGACAAUGUUGUCCAUCCGUUCAUCUGUGUCCCGCUUGUCUGAGACUGUAGCUCCUCUUGCUCUCCACCGGCCCUGCAUCCUUCCGCAUCCCCCCCAGCUCCGAAAUCAACUCUGGUUGGCCAAAUCCACCUUGCACCAGCGAGUCAAGCCGGCCCCUGUAGGAAACCCUCCGCCCUCCACCCCUCUAGGUCAGCCCUGCCUCGGGCAGGAAAGCCGGGGCGGAGAGUCCCGUGGAGAAUUGAUUGAGAAUCGAUUCCUGAGCGCCCUUCCGGGAUAAGUUGCGGCGGACAAGGAGGAGCAAAGGCUCCCGCGCGCGCGCGGCCCGGGGCGCACGCCUCCCCGCCCUGCCCAGGUCCGGACCCACUCGGAGGAGUCCCGGGAAUUGGCGGCUGCCCGCCCGGGGGCGCAGAGAGAGACCGGCCCGGCGCCGAUCUGCGAUCCGCUCCGGGCCUGGAUGGCGACCUGCACGGCUGCUUCACGCACGCUUCUGGGGAUCAGUCCCGCGUGCAAAGGAAAAGGCGGAUGGCACCUAAGCUUCAGGCCGAAGCUUCUUCCUCUCUCCUUCGCUUCCGCCCCCCUUUCCCCCACCUCUCCAGUCCCUUCAAUUCCAUGGACUCUUGCUUCUGCGUCUCCCGCCCUUGCAAGGGGACAUUCCAGUAGAACUUUUUUUUUUUUGCUUUGUCAGUGGCUGUGAAAUUGUGCUGUGUUUUGUGAUUUCUUUGGGGGUGAUUGUCUCGCCUGUUUUCAGUUGUCUCUUAUGUGGGAGGGUGGUGGGUGGGAGUGGGGAGGGUAAGGGGCCUAGAGCUCUGAUUGUUUUGGAAGAAAAAAAAAAGAAAAAAGAACAAAAAAUAUAUAUCACUCUAGAAAAUAAACCUCCUCUUGUGUCUUAUUCUGCGCUGGCUCUUCU